GUUGCUUGGAGACGGCAGAAACGUUCUGGCUGCGAUGGAAAAGUAUGAGAAAAUCAAAGUUGUUGGGAGAGGAGCUUUCGGGAUUGUUCAUCUGUGCCGCAGGCGCAGCGACGGGGCCUUUGUCAUCCUGAAGGAGAUCCCAGUGGAGCAGAUGUCACGAGACGAACGCCUCGCUGCUCAGAACGAGUGUCAGGUUCUGAAACUGCUUAACCACCCAAAUAUCAUAGAAUACUACGAGAACUUCCUGGAGGACAAGGCUCUAAUGAUAGCUAUGGAAUAUGCACCAGGUGGGACCUUGGCUGAUUAUAUACAGAAGCGCUGUAACUCUCUGCUGGACGAGGACACCAUCCUUCACUUCUUUGUACAAAUUUUACUUGCCUUGUAUCAUGUCCACAACAAACUCAUCCUGCACAGAGACCUCAAGACACAGAAUAUUCUACUUGACAAGCACCAGAUGAUUGUCAAAAUUGGUGACUUUGGCAUCUCCAAAAUCCUCGUCAGCAAGAGUAAAGCAUACACGGUGGUUGGGACCCCAUGCUAUAUUUCCCCCGAGCUGUGUGAAGGAAAGCCAUAUAAUCAGAAGAGUGACAUCUGGGCUCUGGGCUGUGUACUCUAUGAGCUUGCCAGCCUUAAAAGAGCAUUCGAGGCUGCUAAUCUGCCCGCUCUCGUUCUGAAGAUCAUGAGUGGUACAUUUGCUCCAAUUUCAGACCGGUACAGCCCAGAACUCCGACAGCUCAUCCUUAACAUGCUCAAUCUGGAUCCAUCCAAACGGCCUCAACUCAAUGAAAUAAUGGCUCUCCCCAUAUGCAUCAGGCCCCUGCUUAAUCUCUACGCAGAUAUAGGCAAUGUCAAAAUGCGCAGGAUUGAGAAACCACUGUCUUCUGUGCAAAGCGGUCCUCAAGGUAGACCAGGAGGCAGAGUUCCUUCCAAUAGGUCCAGGGCUGGAUCAGUUGGUUUAGGAUCAGGAAAGGUGCAUUCCCUCCCCCUGUCUUCGGUGUAUACGUGGGGUAGUGGCAUCUCAACACCUCUCCGCCUGCCAAUGCUCAACACCGAAGUGCUUCAGGUGUCUCUAGGCCGCACUCAGAAAAUGGGGGUCACCAAGUCAGGCCGUCUGAUUACAUGGGAGGCUCCAUCAGUGGGGUCUGGUGAGGCCAGUCUGCCUGGUGCGGUGGAGCAGAUGCAGCCUCAGUUCAUUUCUCGCUUCCUAGAGGGUCAGUCUGGAGUCACAAUCAAGUCCGUGUCCUGUGGCGAUCUCUUCACCACCUGCAUGACAGACAGGGGUAUUAUCAUGACGUUUGGAAGUGGGAGCAACGGCUGUUUAGGACAUGGUAACUUCAACGAUGUAACACAGCCUAAGAUAGUGGAGGCCCUCCUCGGAUAUGAGCUGGUGCAGGUGUCAUGUGGUGCUUCCCACGUUCUUGCUGUGACCAAUGAAAGAGAAGUAUUUGCCUGGGGAAGAGGAGACAAUGGUCGCCUUGGGCUAGGCACCCAAGACACCAACAACUCUCCACGGCAGGUGUGCUUACCUGUGGAAUUUGAGGCCCAGAGGCUGGUGUGUGGAGUUGACUGCUCCAUGAUUAUCAGCACUCAGUACAGCAUUGUGGCAUGUGGAAGCAACAGGUUCAACAAGCUUGGCCUGGAUAAGAUAACAGCUGAAGAGGAACCAAAUCCCUCUAACCAGGUGGAAGAAGUCCACUCUUUCACUCCGGUUCAAUCAGCCCCACUCAAAAGUGAGAAGAUAGUUUACCUUGACAUAGGAACGGCCCAUUCUGUUGCUGUUACAGAACGGGGUCAGUGUUUCACCUUUGGCAGCAACCAGCAUGGCCAGAUGGGGUGUAGCUCCCGUCGAGGCAGCCGUGUGCCCUUCCUGGUGCCUGGCCUGCAGAGUGUCACCAUGGCUGCCUGUGGUGACGCUUUCACCUUAGCUAUUGGAUCUGAGGGGGAGGUGUACACCUGGGGAAAGGGCGCCCGUGGUCGGCUCGGCAGAAAAGAGGAGGAUUCUGGGAUACCAAAGGCGGUGCAGCUUGACGAGAGUCACCCAUUCACAGUGACAUCAGUGGCUUGUUGUCAUGGCAACACUCUGCUGGCAGUGAAACCUUUGCUUGAGGAGCCUAUCCCGAGAUGAAUUUGUCCUGAAAACAAACUCAUGCCCACACAGCGGUUGUCAUGAAGCCCGGCGGUGGCGUGAGAUGAAGGACAGUUUCCUCUGAAUAACUCCUCCCAGAGGCCCGUCUGUGCUACCGUUCAAAGAUUCCCUGUCACACUGCAGCUGCGGCCUUGGAUUUUCACUUGGUCAUCCUCUCUGUCCAUAGGGUGUUUUCUUCAGGAAUGAAAGUUUGAUUAUUUCACUGGCUUGAUAUCAUGGAGCAAAGCGCAGGAAAGGUGGAAAGGAAUAUUUCUCAGCAGCUUGGUUAAAGGAAUGGUGUGACACCGUUAGUGGAGCUGGACUGCAAAGAGCCAUCAGGCAGCUUUUGUUUGUUCAGCUAGUAUUGUCCUCUCUCAUGUUCAGGAUUAAAUCAUGAACAGCCAGUAAACGUCAAACUGGUUUGAGCUCUGUUAAGCCACUGGUGAAAGAGAUGAUACAAUGCACAGAAACGAAAAGAAUGGAGCCAUUUGAGAGUUCGUCAGUUAAAUGAACCAGACACAUGAAUCCCGACGGCGUUGUCGGUGGUCACAUUGUGCUUUAAUGGAUUAGUCCUCCAGGACAUUUGUAACUCAGCAGCAGUGAUCGGACCAGAAAACAACGUGUGGUUGAGUGGCUGAUUGAACCAAUACUUUAAGACCUCCUGGUGUUAAAGAGACAUCUAGUUUUACUUUUUAUCCUGCCUCAUAGCUUAAUCUAUAAAAAUACACAAUAUAUUAGUUUAAUACAUUUUAGAUUUACAAACUGAUCUGCAAAGUAUCUCCUGUCUUAAGCUGCCAAAUUUAGUGGAGUAUUUCCCACUGAAAUGUACAGGAGCAGAAGUAUCAAGUACCAUAAAAUGAACAUGCUCAAGUAAAGUGCAAGUGCCUCAGAAGUGUCCUUUCCACUAUCCGGUGCGAGGGAGUGAAAGCUUUGUUAUACAUCAUGUCUUUUUAUCAUUACAUGUCCUUAGUUCUUCAGGAACUAUUCAGACAUCAAAGUUAAACUCCAACAACACUUCAGGAUUUUGAGCUUCAAAUGAAUAUCUCAGUGUGUACGGCUGGAUUUCUCCAGUGACAGUCAGUACAUUUGCUGUACACUGGUUCCACUGUCCCCUUUAAUCUCGCUGUGUCCUCCCAUUCCAGUAUUUAUUUUUCUUUGUAAUUUAGUCACAUCACAUAACAGCUGGCAUCUAUUUUAAAUAUUAUUACAUAUACACUUAUUAUUUGUGAGGAUUUUAGCAACUCUUGCUUAUUUUUCACAGUGUAAUUAUAUUUUUCAGUAAUUAUUGCUCAUCAGAAGCUGCGUUCACACCUUUUCUGGAGACAUGGAUCUUUUGCCAUUGUUGCCUUGUAUGAUGAUGUAAUGGUGAUGUAAUCCGGUGGCAAUGUGGCAGGUGAAAAAUGAUCUGCAUGUGUGGAUGUGCUCUUUAUUUCCACCCUUAUAAAAUUCUGCCCAGUUGUUUUUUGCAGUUUAUCCUCCUCAGGCUUUCUGCUUUGUUCCAGCCUCUAUAAAGAACGUUUUAACAUGAACACUACGGUAUAUC